GCGGGUAUCCUCGGCCAAAAACCUGAGAGGCCGAGACCGAAAGUUCAAAUUUUUAUUCGAGUGUGCCCUAACCGCUCGCGAUUCGCAGCCUGAAAAUCGGAGCAUUUGGAACCCUAAUUCUGAGUUCUAAUUGCUCUUGGCCAUGGCGGGUCCUUCUUCCUCGGCUCCUUCAGCAGCUUCUUCCUCAUCAGGUGCCCAAUUCACGUUUUCAAACGCCUCCUACUUUCCUCUUCCUUUUCAUCUCCAGCAGUCUGCUCCGCCAGCGGCAGCCGCUCAGUACCCGACUCCCUAUGUCGCUGCUCCGGGUCCUCCGCCAGUUCCGCUCCCCGUCGCAUCAGUUUAUCCGACUCCUGCUCCGGGUCCGGCUGUCUAUACUCUCCCUCAAUACCAGCAGGCCCAACAACUAUUUCAAAGGGAUGCCCAAACGAUAACACCUGAAGCUCUUGAGAGUGUUAAAGCUGCGCUAGCAAGUAGUGAGAUCGAGCAUAAAGCAGAAACCAAAAAGAAAGCUAUUCCUCGCAAAGCUGCCGGGCAAUCUUGGGAGGACCCAACGCUUGCUGAGUGGCCAGAAAAUGACUACCGUCUGUUUUGUGGUGAUCUUGGCAAUGAAGUGAAUGAUGAUGUGCUCUCUAAAUCAUUCUCACGAUUUCCUUCAUUCAACAUGGCUAGAGUUGUUAGAGAUAAGCGAACUGGUAAAACCAAGGGCUAUGGAUUUGUAAGCUUCUCCAAUCCUACUGACCUUGCUGCAGCACUUAAAGAAAUGAACGGCAAGUACGUCGGAAAUAGGCCGAUAAAACUAAGAAAGAGCAAUUGGAAGGAAAGGACAGAUUAUGAAGCGCUUGAAAGACACAAGAACCACACUCAAAAGAAAUCAAAGCUUCCAAAGAAGAGUAUCUUGCACAAGUGAAGACUGUUCUGAAUUCGUGUCUUUUACUAUCCGAGUUUAAUCGUCAAUCGAGUGAUUGGUAUCACUUGUCAGAAAUUUGAUGGAGUUUGUAUCUGAUAGAGCUUUCCGUUCUCUGCUGCAACUUUAAUCGUGCAUCAGAAUAGAUGUUUUACUUUGAACGAGUCAAUUUUGUAAAUUGUUGUGCAUUUUUCUUUCCUAUUGGCAAUUUAAUGAAGGAAUAGUUAUAAUUAUUUUUGAACCGA